AUGGUAUUUAAUUAUUUUCAUAUUAUUCUACUUUUAGUGACUUCAACAAUUGCAGUGAACUGGACAGCAGAUAAUGACACUUCUAAUAUUGGUUUAUUAGGGCAGGUAGUCAAUAGAAGAAGUAAUGGAACAUUAUCAGGUAUAACAAUAGUAGGUGAUAAUGUAUAUUAUACACAGGAUUACAGAUAUGCUAUAAAUAACGGUAUAUCAAUAGAUAAUGUUCCAGUUUUGAGGAGUGAUCAGUAUAGAAAUUUCGGUAACCAAGAACCACAAAUUAGGUCAGCAGUAGCGCAAUUUCUUAACGAUAAGAAUGCGAGGCUAGACGAACGGUCUGGGCCAAGUGAUUUACACAUAGACAUAUAA